UUUUUUUUUUUUUUUUUUACUUGCUUGUACUUCCCCUUUCUUUCCGCUUUUGUACCUUAAGCCAUGCCUCAGAAAAAACGAACUACUGAGGGUCGUCGUGGCAUGCCUAAACUCUUCCGUUGCACCGGAUUCGGUGAUUGUCACAUGGUGUUUACACGAAGUGAACAUCUUGCUCGACACGCUCGCAAACAUACGGGUGAAAAACCUUAUAAAUGUAUCGUUCCUGGUUGCGAUCGGUUAUUUAGUCGUUUCGAUAAUAUGAUGCAACAUACCCAUACGCACAAUCGCUCAAAGAAGAAGUCCAUGUCUCCAACAAGAUCGCCUACAAAAUCGAAAACGAAUGAAAGCUGUCCCUCGUCCUCAUCCUCGUCCUCUUCCAAAUCCUCCAUGUCACCACCUUAUCCUGUCUCUUCGCACCAGCAAAACUUCCCGCCUUCUUCCAUGAUCACCGAUCUCGCCUCUCAUGGACCGUCAUUUCACCCCGAUCCCGCCCGUUCCGUCAUGACGCCAUCCAGCUAUGGCAUGCCCUACGCUCAGUAUCCUCCCAUGUCACUUCCCGCAUCGCCAUUACCAGAAGACGAGUACCAUGCUAUGCCUCGUUCUGGUCCGUAUAUGAUGCAUGAGGCAAUGCAGUUUCAUCCAGCAUCUUCUUGGGCUCCAGCACCAGUGUACUAUCCUAUCACUCCUCCACCGCCUGCAGGAGUCGUGCGACACCCACCUUCUUACUUUCCUCCCGGGACCUCGCCUCGAUAUCCCAUGCCCAACUAUCAAUACGGCAUGAAUUUCCAUGACGAGUACAAUGAUGCCCACUAUAGUAAAAUCUCACGACCUUUUGUGCCUGCUUCAGAACCAGCUACUUCCUAUUCUCCUCCAAUGACACCAUCGAAAAUGCGGCGACUCUCGGUAGUCGAUUUGGCAACUCCGAUCCAGGAGUUGGAUAGUGCUGCGCGACAUUGUCCAGACUUUGAGAAGCGCGAGCACGGACAUGAAAUUCGGUCGCCGCUGCUAUCCAAGACCGAUCAUGAUGAUGACAAACCUGCCAAAGAUAGUAAACGAAGGUCGAUAGAAGGAAUUGCCGUUACCGAUGACGAAUAUGAAGCGCUGCAAGCUUUUAGUCUCUUUAACAAAAAACCCAUCAUUCGGUCAUCGGUUUCUCCUGAACGUGAUAUGUUUAACCUCCCAUCUCACACAGUGUCCAAGCAGGCAGUGUAGUUGCUGAUUAUUGGAAGGCAUCAUUAUGUUUAUUCAAUUGCAUUUUAUAUACAAUCCAGCCCUGUAGUAACUACCUUGUUAUUUUUUCCCUUUAUCUUUCUUAAAAAAGUUUUUCCAUUUGUAAUUGCGCUUAUAAUCCUCGGUGCUUCAUAGAAGUCCUUGUAAAACAUUACUUCCCCGAUGCUAAUUCAUAAUAUAUAUAAAAAAAAUCAAAAAGAACACAUGCCUCCUACCUUUGCUCAAACGAUCCUUUAGUUCUUUCUUGGAAAAACUUGCAGGUUGUUAUUAAUCAACGAGAAGCAUUGAAAAAGACAUACCGCAU